CAUUGGUAAACAUGAAAAGUAAAAAAAUAAGAAAUGCAGAGUUUUACAAUGAAGGACUUUCUUUAAUGGUUAUGCAUGAGGAGGAAACAUGAAAAAUGCGUUUUAAAUCAAUAAAAAAUCGCAUAUUGAUAUUGCAGAUAAUUGUGUAUUGAAAUUAGCGGCGUAAGUUCGACGAAAAUGGAGCGCUUGAUUAACUGAAACUGAAACUGUUUUUUUAUACAAAUUUACGACUGAGUCAGAUUUAUCCAAAAGGGUUUAUCAGUAUGAAUGAAAUUAUAUCAGAGAGAAUGGCGUAGUGACAAGGUCGAUCGUCUUUUUGUUAGAGAUCGAAGUGUCUAUAAUGUUAUCAGGUUUUACAAAGUACACGAUAAUAAACAGAUAAACAGUAUAAACAAGUGUCAAUUAAACUACUACAGGUGUUGUUUUGAAAUGAAAGUGUUAUUACUUUCACCACUUGUAGACUUCUCAGGAAAUUUUGCAACUGUAACAAGAAUAAAGAAAGGACUGGAGAAGAAGGGCUUGCGAUGUUUCCUGAAAUGCUCUUUGAAACUUUCAAGGAGCGAAGACCUCAAAGAUACUCUAGAUGAGUUGGGUAUUGACAUUAUUUUAGCCGUCCAUGUUUACAAAUCUGGAAAAAUUCUAAUUGAUGUGAAGAUACCGUAUAUUUUGAUUCUCGGUGGAACUGACGUCAAUGAGCUUACGUCAGAUCAUGAGAAGAUGGACAUUAUGACGAAGGCAGUGAAUAAUUCAAGGCAUAUUGUAGCAUUUGGUGAAUCAUUGGCAGUGAAAUUUAAGUCCUGUUGGCCUAACUAUGACCCUAUGAAUGUUUCAAUUAUUCCCCAAGGGGUUGAAGUCUUUCCCAACAGUUUUUCAAUCACAAGCUACAUAAAGAACCAUGCAAAGGAUAUUGUAACAGAGCAAGAGGGUCAACCAAACUGUUUAUAUGGCUGUGACACUGAUCUGCUUAUCAGACAACUGAGCAAGUCAGAAUGUAAAAUAUUCACCAUCGUUGGAGGGAUCCGAUCUGUGAAAAACCCUUUAUUUCUGAUCAAAACAUUUUCAGAUUGGAGAAUGAAACAAGGUAAAGUCACAUGCUGGCUACUGUUUGUUGGUGCUCAUCAAAAUGACACGUUUUUUGAAAAGUUCAAAGAGGAAGUUAGAAGGUGCCCUGGAGUGGUUUAUAUUCCUGCUUUAUCAACAGAAGACGCCCAUGCUCUUAUUCAGGACAGUUUUGCUCUUGUCAACUGCUCAGACAGUGAAGGAAUGGCCCUAGCAAUUUUAGAGGCUAUGGCUCUGAAAACACUUGUAAUAGCACGAAAUAUACCAGGUAAUACUGCGGUUGUUGACGAUGGACAGAAUGGUAUUGUAUUUGAUACACCAGAGAAUUUCAUAGAAAAAGUUGAGAAUUUACUUGAAGCUCCUGAGAUAAUAAAGAGAAUCACCGAGGAAGCAUUCAACUACAUAUCAAACAAGCAUUCUGUAGCCAAUGAGGAAAACGCCUACUUUUCCUUACUGACAAAAUAUUGCUGAUUACUAAAUUUUUUUAUAGAUUUUACCUUAAAAACACUAUGAUGUCCCACUACAAUGUUGCCAUGCAUUAUCCUUUUUUCCUUGUUAUUUUGUGUGGAUAAGGACUAAACUGGUGUAGACUUUACUGAUUUCAUCACUGUUAAGCAUACCCUGAUAAUACAAGAAACCUCGAUAAUAUGAGAAACCUCUAUAAUACGAGAAACAGGGAUACUUACUUUUAUUUGAUUUCAUUUGACAUCAUUUAUCUAGCUGUGUAGAAUUAUAAAAUUAAAUUCAUAUUUUAUUUUAAAAAUACCUCUGGUUGAUAAGAACAAAUGAUAUUGGUACUUAAAAAGGACAUUUUGGUGGGUUUUGAAAUCUGUGGAUUUUUUCUUUAUAUAAUAAAAAAGGUAGCAGUGUGUUGUACUGUAAUGAGUAAUAAGGUUUAAAGAUCAAUUACACUUACUCUAAUAUCCCCUUAUUUAGAAUAAUGAAAUUACCGUUUACUUGGAAUUUAGAACUGACCUUUGGUAGUUUUAAACUUCACCAUGUCAAAAUAUUAGAAAUGAAAAAAACAACAGUAAAGAAUCGGGUGAAACAUAGACAGGCUUGACACUAUUCUUGUGACCAUCAUUCCAUCAUGGCAGCUAAUAUUCUCAGAGUUAUUUUAUCACAAAAGUCAUAACAUCAUGAAAGUUCAUGAAAGUUCAACAUAUAUUUUAUAAAAAGUUUGCCAGGGGUCUUUUUUUAACUUACACACUAUCCAAACAGGAUAGUAACUGUGAUAUGAAUGAACAAUGCAUAGAUAUCUUUUAAAAAAAUGAAAACUUUAUCUUAAAUUGUUAUAUUUAUGAUUAAAGGAACUCUAUUACUUCUCUUGAACUUGUUUUAGAUAUGAAAUUCUACCUGCUUGGUACAAUCUUUUUUGAGGGUUUUUGCUGUUGCUGUUGUUUUUGUUUUUGCUGUUUGACUCAUCAUAGGCAGAUCUCCUCAGCCUUUUUUGAGGCAAUACGACUGUGAUAUUCUAUACAUAUAGAAAUGUAUUAUGCUAUGUUCUUAAUUUGCUUACUCUUUUGAUUCACUAGAAUGCCCAAACUUACAUAUAUUUAACCUGGAACACUGUAUCAUCAAUUUAGUUAAAGCUGCACGCCUCCAGAUGAGCUAAAAUAUUUCAAGAAAUUCAAUCUUUAGAAAAAUGUAUUAAGAUCUUGAGAAAACUAAAAAGAUUCAAUGUUUAAUUAAUUAUUUGUAUGUUAUGUGAGAUUAAUGACUGAGUUUGCAGUAUCAAUCACUAUAUAAUUCUAC